AUGGUGUUAUCUGAUGUUACCAAUCAAGUGCCUUCUGGAACCACACAGACACGACAAUCUUAUCUCACUGCAACGCAUGAUGAGAGAACUAUUGCGAAUACAAGAAUUCAUUCAACGACUACGCCUACCGGAACUAAAAAAGAUUACCAAGUCAAAGGAAACCCAUGUGAAUCUGCUAAGAGGCUAAGAAAGAACGAUUAUUUUUCAUCCCGUUCUAAUCUUUACACACCACCAACUUCUUUUCCUACAAGCUAUAUACCUCUUUCUGAUACGACCGAUGUCAGUCCUUCUGUAAGGACACAGACACAACAAGAGGUUCUAACUCCUACGUUUGAAUCAUCUAAGUCCAGAUUAACAGCUAAAGCAACAGAAACAGACGGAGUCGGCCUUCAUGUUGAUGGAUACUCGAGUGAAGAAAAUGAUGAAUAUUUAGUAAAUGAUUACGAGGGUGCAUAUGAAGUCGAAGGAGAACAACAUUAUGAUUGCAGCAGUGAAGAAAGUGACACGGAGUCUGAAUCAAAUGUGGAUUUUGACAUGUUCUCAAAAGAAUCAGACACAGUUGGACCCUCCAGAAGGAAAACUUCUUCGAAGGGGAAAAACAAGGCAGUAUACAUCGACGAAGGUGAUGCAACACAUAAAUGUGAGCAUUGUGGGGCUAUAAUGUGGUAUGGUGAGCGCAUAAACAGGAAGAGAUAUACCCGCAAACCUAAAUUUUCAAUGUGUUGUGGGCACGGUCAGGUACAGCUGCCACUGUUAAAAGAAUCCCCAGCCAUAUUGAAAAGAUUUUUGACAGAGGAUGAUGAAAUGAGUAGAUAUUUUCGUGAGAAUAUUAGAGUUAUCAACAUGGUUUUCUCAUUUACAUCUCUUGGUGGGAAAGUGGACCGCUCUGUUAAAAAAGGUAUUGGCCCUCAGAUGUUUCAGCUUCAAGGAGAGAACUACCAUUUGAUGGGUAGUCUAAAGCCACCAAACGGUGAACCCAAGUUUGGUCAGCUUUAUAUUGUUGACACAGAAAAUGAGAUAGUCAACCGAUCUGGUAUUCUCAGAAAAUACAAGAAAUCAACUGAAAAAGCAAGGAAAGAAGAACUUAGGAAAAAAGUUCUACAGGCAUUAACGGCUAUGCUAGACGAGUGCAACCCCUAUGUCCAUCAAUUUAGAUCAGCACGUGGUCGAUUUGACACUAAUCCUGACCAGACAUUUCAUAUGCGUAUCAUUAGUAGUCGAGAGAAAGAUGGAAGAACAUAUGAUACUCCUACCGCAUCUGAAGUAGCUGCACUAAUUCCUGGAGAUUUCAAUUUGGACAUGGAUAAAAGGGAUAUUGUUUUGCAAGAGAAACAGACGGGAUGGCUUAAGAGGAUUAGUGAAAUUCACCCUGCUUAUCUGGCUCUUCAAUAUCCUCUAAUCUUUACUUAUGGUGAAGAUGGGUUCAGACUUGGGAUUCAAAAGAGGGAAACGGAGGCAACAGCAAAACUAAAGAGGAAGGCACUCAGCAUGAGACAAUGGUAUGCGUUUCGUUUACAAGAAAGAGAGAAUGAGUGUCAUACUCUUCUCCAUUCGAGGAGAUUGUUUCAGCAAUUUUUGGUCGAUGGUUAUACAACAAUUGAGGCGAACAGGCUGUUUUAUCUUAGAAUGAACCAGAAAAGUCUCAGAUCGGACAGCUAUGACUCUAUCCAACAAGCUGAAAACUCUGGCAAAACAGAUAUGCAUGAGCAAGGGAGUCGAUUUGUGCUACCAGCAUCGUUAACGGGAGGAGCAAGAUACAUGAAGAAUAUGUAUUUAGAUGCCAUGGCGAUCUGUAAAUAUUUUGGGUUUCCUGAUUACUUUAUAACAUUUACGUGCAAUCCUAAAUGGCCGGAGAUCACCAGGCAUUUACAACCCAGAAAGCUUAGUGCUGAAGAUAGGCCAGAGAUUCUCUCCAGAAUCUUUAAAAUCAAAUUGGAAUCUCUUAUGACAGAUUUAACAGAUAAACAACUUUUGGGGAAGACAUCUUCGGCAAUGUAUACGAUUGAGUUCCAGAAACGUGGUCUACCCCAUGCACACAUUCUGUUAUUCAUGCAUUCUAAUUCCAAGAUUAGAACAAACGAUGACAUUGACAAAAUCAUCUCAGCAGAAAUUCCAGAUAAAGAAAAAGAGCCAGAGCUUUAUGAAGUGGUUAAGGACAUGAUGAUCCAUGGUCCUUGUGGAGCUGUUAAUUUGAACUCUCCAUGCAUGGAGAAUGGGCAAUGUUCGAAGCAGUAUCCUAAGACUCAUGUUGAAAAAACAUUUGUGAACAAGGAAGGAUUUCCAAUUUAUAGAAGAAGGAAAGAGGGGAAUGGAUUUAUAGAGAAAAAAGGAUUCAAGUGUGACAACACCCAUGUCAUCCCUUAUAACAAGGAGUUGUCUCUUCGUUAUCGAGCUCACAUUAAUGUGGAAUGGUGCAAUCAGAAUGGUGCUGUAAAAUACUUAUUCAAGUAUAUUAAUAAAGGGCAGGAUCGUGUUACUGUUGCUGUUGAACCUCCGGAUAAUGGUUCGUCGAAAGAAAAUAGUUCUGUACCAGCAGAUGUGACUGCGCCUAAUUCUGAGACUUGCACAAAUGCAGCUUCAAAAGAAGAGAAUAAAAAUGAGAUCAAAGACUUUUUUAACUGCAGAUAUGUAUCUGCAAGUGAAGGUGGAUGGAGGAUCUUUCAGUUCCCAAUACAUUAUAGAUCAACUCCAGUUGAGAGAAUACAAUUCCACCUACCAGGAAAACAGAUCAUUGUUUUUAAGGAUGAUGACACAUACGAAAAAGUGACCAGCCGAAAGCUCAUUGAAAAUACUAUGUUUAUGGGCUGGUUCGAAUUGUGCAAGGUUAGUGAAGUUGCUCGGACUCUGACUUUAGCUGAGAUUCCAACAAUGUUUACUUGGAAUAAAAAGGAGAAGAAGUUUCAUGAUAGAAAGAAAGGAUUUAGUAUUGGGAGAAUCAAUUAUGCACCACGUAAGAUAGAAGAAGCUUACUACAUGCGUGUCUUGCUAAACAUUGUUAAAGGUCCGUUUGAGGAUAAGGACAUAAGAACUUUCAACGGUGUUAUUUAUGAAACAUAUAAAGAGACAUGUUUUGCAAGAGGGCUACUUGAAGAUGAUCAAGAAUAUAUUGAUGAGCUUGUGAGGACAAGUUUUACUGGUUCGGCAUCAUACAUGCGCCAUGCAUUUGUGAUCAUGUUAAUGUCUGGUACUUUGUCAAAGCCUGAAGAGGUGUGGGAGAAAACUUGGGAAUUCCUUUCUGAGGACAUUCAAUAUAAACGAAGACAGCAACUGCAUCGACCAGAUCUUUGUUUGUCGGAUGAAGAACGAAAAGAAGCAGCCCUUAUAGAGAUCGAAAAGAUUUUAAAAAGUAAUGGAACUUCAUUGGCUAACUGGAGCUCUAUGCCACAGCCAAUCCCAGACAUCAUUAAUGAAAACGUGCUGAUUAUGGAUGAGCUCAGUUACAACCGGGAGGAGUUAAAAGCUGAUCAUGAUCGUGACUUUCCAAAACUCACUGAUGAGCAAAGGAAAAUCUAUGAUGAGAUUACCGAUGCUGUUUUUACUAAGAAAGGAGGUGUGUUUUUUGUUUAUGGGUUUGGUGGAACCGGAAAAACCUUCUUGUGGAAGCUGCUUUCUGCUGCUAUCAGAAUGAGGGGAGGAAGAACAGCACAUUCUAGAUUCGGGAUUCCUAUAAACCCAGAUGAGUUUUCUUAUUGCAAUCUGGUACCAGGAACUGAUCAGGCGGAUUUGGUGAAAGCAGCCUCUCUUAUCAUCUGGGACGAAGCUCCAAUGAUGAGUAAGCACUGUUUUGAGUCUUUGGAUAGAAGCAUGGCAGAUAUCAUUGGAAACAAAGAUAACACACCAUUUGCUGGGAAAGUAGUUGUCUUGGGUGGAGAUUUUAGACAAGUACUGCCAGUUAUUCACGGAGCUGGAAGGCCGGAAAUAGUUAUGGAGUCACUUAAUUCUUCUUAUCUCUGGAAGCAUGUAAAAGUUUUAGAGCUGACAAAGAACAUGAGGCUGAUGUCAAAUGAUCUCACACCUGAAGAUGCAAAAGAAUUACAAGAGUUUUCGCAGUGGAUUUUAGAUGUUGGAGAUGGAAAAAUUGGUGAUGGAAACGAUGGCGAAGCUCUAAUCACUAUUCCAGAUGAGUUUUUGAUUCUUGAUGCUGAUGAUCCAAUAGAUUCUAUAAGCAAAGCGGUGUAUGGGGAUGCUGUUUCUUUACUGCAGCAUAGAGAACCUAAGUUUUUUCAAGAAAGAGCAAUACUUUGUCCUACUAAUGAAGAUGUGAACAUGAUUAAUCAGCAUAUGUUGGACAAGCUGCCAGGUGAGGAAAAGUUCUAUUUGAGCUCUGAUUCUAUAGACUCUUCAGACAGGUUUUCAAAGAAUGACCAAGCUCUUACUCCAGAUUUUCUGAACAAAAUCAAGGCAUCUGGUUUACCUAACCAUAGUCUCAGAUUGAAGAUAGGGUGUCCUGUGAUGUUGCUUAGAAACAUUGAUCCUAUAGGGGGACUAAUGAACGGUACUAGACUCCAGAUUACAGAAAUGUAUGACUUCAUGAUACAGGCUAAAGUCAUUACAGGGGAAAAGGUCGGUCACACUGUUUUUCUUCCUAGACUCUCAAUAACACCUUCUGAUAAAAAACUGCCGUUCAAGAUGAGGAGGAGGCAACUACCUAUUGCUGUGGCAUUUGCUAUAACAAUCAAUAAAAGCCAAGGUCAAUCACUUUCCGAGGUUGGUUUGUUUCUACCGAGACCUGUUUUCUCUCAUGGGCAGCUAUAUGUGGCUAUUUCUAGAGUGACUUCUAAAAAAGGACUGAAGAUUUUGAUUGUCGACCCUGAAGGCAAGCCUCAGCGUCAAACAAUGAAUGUGGUAUUCAAAGAGAUAUUCUCGAAUCUUUGA